GCUUUUCAAUUGGAAGUUGGACAUGUUCCUCUGUGUAACCGUAUAAUUGUAGUAUUAAUUGAACAUAUAGGGAGAAUUAGUGUUGGAUUAACAUUCGCACGCAUUCCCAUGCGCCUCUCUCUCAAAACUGUACUGACCUCUUUCUCUCUCAUCAUUUCAGCGGCAUUGCCCUCUCUCUCAAACCAGCUCUUCUGCAAAAAGGUGAAGGUUUUGGGGAAAGAGGAAAUUUUGAGAAGUACUCAGGAUUGGUGCUGUUUUAUCUUUCCGCUUGUAGAAAUGGUGGGACAUUCAAAUGUGGUGGUUUUGUGAGGGUUUAAAGGGCUAUUGCUAUCAAUUAGGUUAGAUCAUUUGAUUUUGGGGUGGAAAAGGAUGGGUAUAACGAAUUCAAAAGGUGAGAGGAGUAGUGCUUUGAAGUUGUGUAGAGAAAGGAAAAAGUUCAUCAAACAAGCGAUUGAUUCUAGGUAUGCUUUAGCAGCUGCACAUGUAUCGUAUGUUCAGUCUCUUAGAAACCUAGGCAUUGCCCUUAGGAGGUUUGCAGAGGCUGAGGUGUUGGUGGAAACCUCUCUGUCUGCUUCAGCCACCGAGCUCGAUAAAACCCCCUCGCACUCGUCGUAUCCUUCCCCCUCUCCCUCUCACCUCGGUGGUGUCUCGGAUUCACCGGUGCUCAAUGGGAGCCCCCUCUCUACGGCUAGAGUUAGUUAUAUGAGGUCCAGUGGGGCUACUGCAUUGACUGUUAGAUUGAAUACGAGGAAUUCCUUUGUUGAGGAAGGCGAAUUUUCAAUGCCUCCGCCACCUCCUCCGCCUCCUGAUGACUCCGGUUGGGAUUACUUUGACCCUGCUGAUGAGAGCUUUCGGUUUCCGGGGCAAGAUGGGAAUCUUGACACUGAUGAUGCCGGAAUGUAUGGAGAUUCUGGCAAGAAGGAGUUUGAUUUUAGUAGAGGUAAUGGGAUUUAUGAACGCGAGGGGUCCAUGACUCCCAAAUUGGAGAGUCCUACAAAUGGAAAUGGGAGAUUGGCAGCUGAGAAUAGUCAGCAAAGGGUUGAGGGUGAAGUGAAGGAUAUGGCCGUUGGGAAAGAGGUGAGUGGAUCGAGAGGCAAAGUAGCUGGUAAGACACCUGUGGGACAAUCGAAUUCGAGGACGAACAAAUCUGUGGUGGAGAAUGAUAUAUGUGCUGAAAGGGAGGAUCCUUCUGAGUUUAUUACACACAGGGCCAAAGAUUUUCUCUCUAGCAUUAAGGACAUCGAUAGUCGAUUCUUUAGAGCUUCUGAAUCAGGAAGGGAGGUCUCAAGAAUGCUCGAGGCCAACAAAAUCCAUGUUGGGUAUGCUGAGGCCAGAGGUGCUUCAUCAGCCUCACUUUAUUUGACCUCUUUUGGAGUAGGUUGUUGCCAAGGUGGAAGUGCUAAUAUAUCUGAUGAUCAAAUUGUUACCAAGGUGAUCACUUGGAAACGUACGACAUCAUCAAAAUCUUCCUCUUCUAGGAAUCCUCUUGCAAUGAAAGAUGAUGAUGAUAGUGGAAGUGAAUACAUUGACGAGUUCUGCAUGAUUUCUGGAAGUCACUCUUCCACGCUUGAUAGACUCUAUGCAUGGGAAAGAAAAUUAUAUGAUGAAGUGAAGGCUAGUGAGUCCAUACAGAGAGAAUAUGAUCGUAAGUGUGACCAGCUCCGACAUCAAUUUGCCAAGGAUCUUAGCCCUCAAGUAAUCGACAAAACUCGGGCAGCUGUGAAAGAUCUCCACUCAAGAAUUAGGGUGGCGCUCCAUGCCGUUGAUUCAAUAUCAAAACGGAUAGAGAAAAUGCGGGACGAAGAGCUGCUCCCACAGCUCCGUGAACUUAUUCAAGGACUGACAACAAUGUGGAAAGCCAUGCUCGAAUGCCAUCAUUCACAGUACAUCACCAUCUCGUUAGCUUACCACACCAAGAGCUCGGCAGUAGCGCCACUAGGCGAGACGCAACGGCAGAUCAUAAACCAGCUCCAAGAUGAGGUGGAGUACUUUGGCUUAAGCUUUGCGGACUGGAUCAACAGCUACACGUCUUACGUGGAAGCUCUCAACAGCUGGCUACAGAACUGCAUUCUUCAACCACGAGAACGAAAGGGCAGACGGGGAGAGGCUCCCCCACGACGCUCCCUGGCACCAUCCAUCUUCGUCCUCUGUCGGGACUGGUCAGCUGGGAUCAAAUCUCUGCCAUCCCAAGAAGUCAGUGAUGCAAUCAAAGCCUUCCUGGGCGACCUACGUCGCUCGGUCAGAAACCAGUCGGAAGAGCCGCGCAAGACAGGGAACACGGGCGAGUCCCAGAAUGACGAAGCAGACGGUAAAGCCGAAGAAGACAAGGAUGGGGACAGACCAUCGCACAUAAGCUGCGUGCAGCCAAGUUUGACAAAGGUUCUUGAUAGGCUGACAAAAUUCUCCGAGGCUUCGGUGAAGAUGUGUGAAGAUAUUUGGCAGAAAUGUGAUACGGCUCGUAAUGCGUAUGAGAACUACAAAGCACCACCAAGAUCUUAUAGCAUUUGAAAGUGUUCCAAAUUCUAUAUAUGGAUGAAGGUAGAUAUAAUCUGUAAAUCAUUGUGCUUUCUGGGAAAAGCUUUUAUCAAGAAAUAGGCAAUUUUUAAGAGAUAAUGUUCGCAAAAAUCUCUUGUUUUGAUGGUGAGGCCGUGAAGUAUUUAUUAUUGGUUGAAUUUCUUCA